UCAUGCUUGCAGAAGAAAUAAGGGUGUACACCAAGCACUUCUAUACCACCUGUCAUAAAUACAUCACAUUUCCAGUAACUGAGCAGGUUACUAUUAUAGGGUUUUCCCUCCUGCAAGAGAAGCUGCGUUUCCCACUGACUACUUCAUUAAAAAUGGACCUAUUGAAAGCUCUUCAGUCCCAUAGGAACUGAUGCAAAUUGUUGAGUGGUAGCCACAAAAAGGUGGCUUUUUGUGUUUUGCAUGGUUGUAGUCAUUUCUGAGAGCUAUAUAUAGACGUUAAACAAAUUGUUUGUCUGGAAUUAAAGUUUAAGAACAGAAUAAAACAAGACAACAUUAUUGGAUAUUAAGCAGUGCUAUGGUACAUAUGCAACAAGCAGAAUGCUCUGUGAGAAUACAGAACUUUUUUUGCAGACCACUACCUGUUCCCCAACCCAUCCAUCUGCAGUCCUACAGUCUACACGCUCUCUUUUUGCAAGUCUGGCCUCAACAUGGUGAGGAAGCCAUCUUUGGUGGGGAAGGGGGAGGGACAGCAGAUCUCAGAUGUACUGGUGACAUUCAGAAGCAAGUGAGGAGACUUCUAAAAUGAAUAGAUAUGACCAUGGCUUAUUACACUUUCCCACUGCAGCUUGUCGGGUAGCAGGUUGAAAAUUUUUAUUUUUUGGGGGGAAAUAAUUUAUGUAAGUUGAGCUAAAAAGGUUAGGAUAAGGUUUGAACCCUUUUUGUAGAAACUCAAGCCACAUCCUCCUUCUGCUUCCAACCCUCAAGAAAAUGUGUCUCCUUUAGUUCUAGAAAACAGGGUUGAUGGGCCAGGUAGCACAGUUAUAAGGAACAGCAAAGAGCCAGCUCCUCUGCUUGGUAGGAUUUGAAGCCAGCCAUGCUAGUUAAAGAUGUGACCUAGUAUACCAUGGCUAAACAAAGAGCUUGUAGGCUUUUUGUUCCCUCCCCACCUGAGGCUACCUCAGCUACCCACACCAUACUUCAAGGUGGGGACCAGGUUGUGCUGGGACUACCUGCUCCAGCAGCACAUCUGUUGUCCAAGAGGCCACCAGCUGUCUGCAGCCAGUGCUCGAGCCCUGGGACCUGGAGGGUCCCCUUCCAACUGAAAACCUGAGUUUUGUUUCUACCCUACUAACCCUCUGCACGCUUCUCCCUGGUGCUUGUGGUCACUGGUCGCUGGCUCCUCGGAAGAUGGUGUGUCGCAAGCAGAGGGCAGGAGCUUCCCAGUAUCGCUUGCCACGCCGUGGAGGCAGCCAUCUGUCAGCAAAACAGGAAGGCACAGGUUCCCUUUCCCUCCUGGGCUUGUUUCGCUAUUUUCGGGAGCUGUACUUCUCCCCUGCUCAGCGCCAGGCUGGUGCGGUCUGAAGGAAGGGCUCCCGGGCGAGCAAGGGGCUAAAGCCUGAAGCUGCUGUUCUGCCCAUCUGCCGCGGCUGAAGGUGUAUUCAUUAUUAAUGGAGGUAGUGGUGGUUGCUGCUCAGCUAUGCAGCCCUGCCUGGGUAAAUGAGACAUUCUUUAGCAAAUUGCUUCGUUUUUUGAUUGCUGAUUAUAACUUGAGGAAAAUGGAAACAGAUGAGGCUCAAGAUAUGUCCCAGGUUUCAGGAAAGGAAAGUCCUCCAAUUAGUGAUGUGCCAGAUGAUGCAGAUGAACCUAUGCCUGUACCAGAGGACCUUUCAACUAGUACUGGAGGACAACAGAGUGCCAAGAAUGAGAGAUUCUUGGCUGCAUACAUGGCAGAAGGCUUUAGGGACUUUCAUGCAAUAAUUCCCAAAUCUUUUUCCCCUGGUAAUAUUAAAAUAGAGACUCAGAGUGAUGAAGAGAAUGGGCGUGCCUGUGAAAUGAAUGGGGAAGAAUGUGCGGAGGAUUUACGAAUGCUUGAUACCUCUGGAGAGAAAAUGAAUGGCUCACACAAUGGCCCAGGCAGCAAGGCUAUGUCAGGAGUUGGAGGCAUUCGACUUCCUAACGGAAAGCUAAAAUGUGAUAUCUGUGGGAUAAUUUGCAUCGGUCCCAAUGUGCUCAUGGUUCACAAACGAAGCCACACUGGAGAACGCCCUUUCCAAUGCAAUCAGUGCGGAGCCUCCUUUACACAGAAGGGCAACCUUCUGCGCCACAUAAAGUUGCAUUCGGGUGAAAAGCCCUUCAAGUGUCACCUAUGUAACUAUGCCUGCCGUCGCAGGGAUGCCCUUACGGGACACCUGAGGACUCACUCGGUUGGCAAACCUCAUAAAUGUGGAUACUGUGGUCGCAGCUAUAAGCAGCGCAGUUCUUUGGAAGAACAUAAAGAACGCUGUCAUAACUACCUGCAAACCAUGAAUAUCUCAAGCAGUCUUUAUUCAGUCAUAAAAGAGGAUACUAACCAGAGUGAAAUGGCUGAAGACCUGUGCAAGAUAGGGUCAGAAAGAUCCCUCGUGCUGGAUAGACUAGCAAGUAACGUCGCCAAACGUAAGAGCUCUAUGCCUCAGAAAUUUGUUGGUGAGAAAUGCCUGUCUGAUCUUCCAUACGAUGCCACCACCAACUAUGAGAAGGAAAAUGAGAUAAUGCAGACUCACGUUAUAGACCAGGCCAUUAAUAACGCCAUCAGUUACCUGGGGGCAGAGUCCUUGCGUCCCCUUGUCCAGACACCGCCAGGUGGUUCUGAGAUGGUGCCCGUCAUCAGCCCCAUGUAUCAGCUCCACAAACCUCUCGGGGACAAUCAGGUUCGUUCCAACCAUACAUCUCAGGACAGCGCAGUGGAAAACUUGUUGCUGCUUUCCAAAGCCAAAUCUGUCUCCUCUGAACGAGAUGCCUCCCCCAGCAACAGCUGCCAAGACUCAACAGAUACAGAGAGCAAUAACGAGGAACGCAGUGGUUUAAUCUACCUGACAAACCACAUAGGUCCCCAUGCAAGAAAUGGCAUCUCUAUAAAAGAAGAAAACAGGCAAUAUGAUGUCUUGAGGGCUGGUACUGACAAUUCCCAGGAUGCUUUUAAAGUGAUCAGCAGCAAUGGGGAACAAGUGAAAGUUUACAAGUGUGAACACUGUCGAGUCCUUUUCUUGGAUCACGUUAUGUAUACGAUCCAUAUGGGCUGCCAUGGGUUCCGUGAUCCUUUUGAAUGCAACAUGUGUGGCUACCAUAGCCAGGACAGGUACGAAUUCUCUUCCCACAUAACUCGAGGGGAGCACCGUUUCCACAUGAGUUAAAACUCCUCCAGCACAUAUCUAGCCUCAACAGCUGCGUUACUGGAGCUGCAUGAGCCACGGCAGCAGCGAAGCACAAGUCAGCUGGGCUGUGAAAGUAACAAAAGAAUCAGAAGUUCAGCUAUCUUCUCCCACAAGAAAAGUUUUCCUUUUGGUAGCAUGCAUUGCAACUCAGUUUUCUAAAAUGAGUACUAAAGUUUUUACUGAAAAUGUUUGAUCACCAAAACCCUUUAGUAAUGUAAGUAGGAGCUUUUGUAGUCACAUAGCUGAAAGCACUUCCCUUAACAGAUGCUUCUUGCAAACCUCCCUUGCCAAAACUGCUAACCAUGUGCAGGAUGCACCAUGCCAACGAGGACACAACGGGCAGGAGUGGCCAAGCUUUCUCACUUAACACCCUGAGCAUAGGUCUCUUACACCAGAUGUACUUUUUUUUGACUUCCUGGUAUUAUUUGACUCUUUUGGGAAGACUAAACUCGACUAAAGAUGGAGGUGCCCACCUCAGAUGGCUUCACAGACAGCUGGGGUGGGACGGGACCCUCCAACCAGAGGGUUCUGAGUUGCUUUGGUGGUAAACAUAGAACGUUUCCACCUGCAAGGGUGCUGCCUUGUUUGUGUCACUGGGCAGGCAAGCGGGUAUGUGAAAGAUAAAAGAAACACCCUUGUAAUAUACUCUGUGAAGUAUGAACUGCAUUUAAUGUAUAGAAAAAGGGUAUUGUUGGCUCUUUGAACAAAUGUUUUCUCUCCCUACCCAAUAAAACCCCACUUUUCGUUUAGCAACCCUUCCUCUCUCUGCAUAAACAAGUUACAAUGUAUUUAAUUGUUCUUUCUUUCUUUUUUAUGUUUUACUUAUUUAGAAAAGUAUGAUGUACAGUUGAGAAAAGCACUAGCUAGAAAUAUGUGUGGGGAAAGUCUCCUUACGCACAUUUUUCAUCUUUUUAAAAUGCCUGGAAAAUAUCCAAAUGUCCCUUUCUUACAUAUAAAAAAAUCCCCUUUUGCUUGCACAGAUGUCCUCUUGUAGAUUCUGUGGCUCUACUCAUAAGUGUUGCACUUAAUUAUUUUUAAAGCACUGACCCGAAUUAAAUCAGCCAGUCAAAAUUUGUAGCCUUCUCCUUUCUUCCUGGCGCUUGCUGUUUAAUGAAGGACCAAGCCCCACAAAGGUGCUGAGAACCCUGGCUUCCUAUUCAACAAA